AAAUUCUACGGGUCAUUGUUUCCCUUAGGAAGCAGUGAAUACCAAAGCAUUAGCAAUUGUGCCACGUGGCAGUGAAUCAGACGCCGAUGUAGAAUUCUUCACACUGAUGCAACGUAGCAGAUCUCGCUUGCACCGAGAGUAUGAUAAAAAAAUCCAAUUUCAACGAUAAACCCUGGAAUAGAAUUCUAUCCUUUUUCUCGUUUUUCUUUCGCAAUUGGAUCGAAGUGAAUGUACACGAGCAUUGUGACAAACAGAUCGUGCGCAUUGCGAUUGGUAGCUACUGAAUCGCGUUGCCGGUCAUGGCGGGGAAGUCUGACGCGGUGUCGAUCCGCGUUCCGUACAGGAAUUUGAGGGAGGAUUCCGCCGCGCAUGAGGUGGAGCUGGUCGGCGUCGAGGACGUCAACCAUCGCCGCCGGAUCGCGCAAAACUCUCACUCUCAUGAUGGAUCUCCGAUCCCUCCUACUCCGCCCAAGAACGCCAGCUUGGUCAAUCUGGUACUCAGUUGCACCGUCGCCGCCGGCGUUCAAUUCGGUUGGGCCUUGCAGCUCUCUCUCCUCACUCCUUACAUACAGACGUUGGGUAUAGGACAUGCAUUUUCUUCAUUUAUCUGGCUCUGUGGCCCCAUUACUGGCCUUGUGGUUCAACCCUGUGUUGGUAUAUGGAGUGAUAAAUGUACUUCGAAGUAUGGUAGAAGGCGUCCAUUCAUUCUGGCAGGAUCCCUUAUGAUUUCCUUGGCUGUGAUAUUAAUUGGGUUUUCUGCAGACAUUGGAUAUUUAUUUGGGGAUACAAGUGAGCAUUGCAGCACAUUUAAAGGCACCCGAACAAGAGCUGCUCUUGUAUUUAUUCUUGGGUUCUGGAUGCUGGAUCUUGCCAACAACACUGUGCAGGGGCCAGCUCGGGCACUUUUGGCUGAUCUUUCAGGUCCUGAUCAACGCAAUGUAGCAAAUGCUAUAUUUUGUUCAUGGAUGGCAGUUGGCAAUAUCCUGGGAUAUUCUGCUGGUGCUAGUGGAAAGUGGAACAGAUGGUUCCCUUUCCUGACAAAUAGAGCUUGCUGUGAAGCCUGUGGCAAUCUUAAGGCCGCAUUUCUUGUUGCUGUGGUUUUCUUGACAUUAUGCACACUUGUCACCCUAUAUUUUGCUGAUGAGGUUCCGCUUACUACAACUCAGCAUCGUCGCUUAUCAGAUUCUGAUCCUUUACUGGAUGAACAACAAAAUGGCUUUGAACUCUCAAAAUCAAAGCCUUUAUCAAAUGACAUCAAUGGAAAGAUAAAUGAGGAUCACAUUGAGAAAGAUGUAGAGCUAAAACAUGAGAAUUUGCAAGCUGGGGAAGAUCAUAAUGAAAACUUUAUGGAUGGACCUGGAGCAGUAUUAGUAAACUUAUUGACAAGUUUAAGGCAUUUGCCACCUGCAAUGCACUCAGUGCUUGUUGUAAUGGCUCUUACUUGGUUGUCAUGGUUUCCCUUCUUUCUGUUUGAUACGGAUUGGAUGGGGAGGGAAGUUUAUCAUGGAGAUCCAAAAGGGAGCUCUGCCGAAGUAGGUCUUUAUGAUCAAGGUGUUAGAGAAGGUGCAUUUGGUUUGCUGUUGAAUUCAAUUGUCCUGGGAAUUAGCUCGUUUUUCAUUGAACCAAUGUGUAACUGGAUGGGUGCAAGAAUAGUAUGGGCUGUUAGCAAUUUUAUCGUCUUUGUUUGCAUGGCUGGCACUGCUGUAAUUAGUCUGAUUUCCAUCCAAGAUCACCCUGGAGGUAUUCAACAUGUAAUUGGAGCAAGUGAAGGAAUCAAGGUUGCUUCCUUGGUUGUGUUUGUUCUUCUUGGUUUUCCUCUUGCGAUUACCUAUAGUGUUCCCUUUGCUGUCACAGCGGAGUUGACUGCUGAUUCAGGUGGUGGCCAAGGAUUGGCUAUAGGAGUUCUAAAUCUUGCAAUCGUUGUUCCACAGAUGGUCAUAUCCCUUGGUUCUGGUCCAUGGGAUGCUCUCUUUGGUGGCGGCAAUGUUCCUGCCUUUGUUUUGGCAUCCAUAUGUGCUCUAGCAGGCGGCAUUAUUGCGACUCUCAAACUGCCAAAUCUAUCUAACAGUUCUUUCAAGUCUUCAGGAUUUCACUUCGGCUAACGAUGAGGUGAAUCAAAUCUGGUGAUAUUUUUACUUGUACAUGGCCCUCAGAAAUUGGAAGAACACAUAAGUUUGAAGAGCUGCUGCGGUGCCCAUGUAUGUGACUCUGUAUGUUUCUUUCCAAUACACAGAAGUAGAAUCCCAUAUUCAAAUUCAUUCUUUUUACCCCUCAUUCUGGGGUGUCUGUAUUCUAUGUAAUGUUAACUGAUAGCACAAUAGAAGAAAAAGCCACAGGUGCAUAUAAUAAUACUUUUUUUUUGUAAUGAUUGUUGUUCAGCCAAUUAGUGAUUAUAGUUUCAUAAAAAAUCAAUUGAGAUUUGUCUCAGUUGCUCAAUAAAACUGCUGUGUCGCUC